AGGCGGGUGUUAUUGGGACAUUGUGGGGAACAGGAAUUCGAGGAAAUUUGGUGAUAAAACAACAGGUGAAGAGAGAAAUGCUGGAUCAGCCGGUUCAUUCUCUGUUUACUUGUAGGUUUACCUCAUGGCAGCCAUAACAUAUCCCCCUCAAGCCUAGGACGGAAGACUUCAUUGAAUUCAAGAUUGCUGUCUUAUCUGCUUGUUGGUUCUUCGGCACUCUCCAUCUGAAUUCAUCACAAGCCAUCCCUUUCAUCUCUUUAUUUAGCACCUGGAGAAGCUGCUGCCUGUAUCACAUGGAGAUUGAUAUGGAUGACUGAGGAGCCUCUUACUGGAUAAUUAUUGUAAUUGCAUUGGGACAGUUUCCUUUACUUAGCUGUGUGGCUACUCUGACAACCCACACAUCAUUGAUCCAGUUUCUUUCUGUUCUGGGCAGGAUCUGUAUGCACCGUAACAAGGCUCCUUGGAGAUAGAGGAAUGCUAAUCUGCAAUCAUGAUGGAAGGAUUGAAAAAACGCACCAGGAAGGCCUUCGGGAUACGGAAGAAAGAAAAGGACACUGACUCAACGGGGUCACCAGACAGAGAUGGUGGAGAACUCCAAGAGACUGAAUUGCCACAGAAAAAGUCCAAUGGGGCUCCAAAUGGCUUCUCUGGGGAGAUUGAUUGGGAAAGAUAUAAUUCUCCUGAGAUAGAUGAAGAAGGCUAUAGCAUAAGGCCAGAAGACGAAGAGGGAGCAGUCCAGAAAGAGAAGACUCACUUUUUCUCCUCUAGUGAGUCUGAAGAAGAGGAGGACCACCGCAAAAAGUUUAAGAUCAAGAUCAAACCCCUGCCGGUAGACCCUAGCAUUGCAGCUCCUUCGGUAGAUGAAUUAAAAGCCUCCAUAGGCAACAUAGCUCUGUCUCCCUCGCCUCUGAGACGUAGCCCGGGUCUGGCAAAGAGAAAUACACCCGGUGAAGAAAUUGCACGACCGAGACGUGCUGUUCCGACGCUUGUACAAGCUCCUGUCCCUUCCCCAACACCUGCACCUGUUUCUGAGCCCACUAGUAAUAAGAAAUCUCCUGUGCCAGAGGAUGCCACGGCCUUAUUUGGUCCUCCGCUGGAGAUAGCCUUUGAUGAGCAGAAGACCAGUGAAGUGGUGAUAGAGGAACCUGAGGUUUGGGGUGCACCCCUGCCUGAGCAACACCUAGACUCCACUCUGGCAAGACCUUUUCCUACAGGAACACUGCCUCCGCUUCCGCCUAAAAAUGUGCCGAGCUCCCCCCCUCCGAUUGAAUCUCCUGCUACAGAACCUACUGAUGUGCAGAAUGAAGAGGACAGUUCAAGGCAGGCCUUACAGAGGCCUUCCAUAGCCGAUCUGGACAACAUCUUUGGCCCAGCAGACUCCCCAAAACCUAGUCAGGAUGCUGAAGACAAGUGGGUCUGCUUCAGCGAUGAGUCGCUUGAAAGACCUCCACCUUCAGAGCACGAAACUCCACCUCCACUUCUCUCAUCUCCACCUUCCCCAGCAAAACCAGCGCCUCCAUUACCUAAAUCCCCACCACCAAAAGAAGAGCCUAACUCUCCUUUACUAAAAUCUCCACCUUCUCAGGCAGAGCCUGCACCUUCUCCUCCAUCCAGUGAACCACAAAGAGAAAGUCCUCCACCACCCCCUACAGUCCCACCCCAUCCCAAAUACACCACUCCUCCCCCAACUGUCCCACCUCCUCCAGUUGAAGAGGCCCCAUAUCUACCAGCACCAGAUGAUCCUUCACACUCCACGAUAGACUUGUCACUAUGUGCUCUUCUGACAGAGACACAAUCAAACUCAACCAACAGCCAACCAACUACUCUAGAGACAAGUGCAAGCAAAAUGCCUCCAACCCUGCUUCUGAACCAGGUGGAGAAGAAGAGUCCUGAGGAGAUCACAUCAAAAGAGUACCCCAGUGAGAGCAGCACUUCACCCAAAGAGAUAAGUCAAGGACCACCUCCUCCUCCACCUCCCACAUACAGGGCAGUAGUGUCAUCCCCAGGACCCAUCCCUCUAACUGGUACAGGUGGAAAUGAAAGUGGCUCCUCCUCCUCCCCUGCACGUCCCUCUACGCCAUUGGCUAACAGCAGCUCUCCCCCUCCCCCUCCCCCACCUCGGCCACCCUCACGACCAAAACUGCCUCCUGGAAAACCAAGCGUAGGGGACGUGAAUCAGCCGUUCAGCCCCCCUACGCACUCUUCAAGCCCCCCGCCUUUGGCUCCGCUGGCCCGGGCGGAAAGCACUUCUUCCAUCUCCUCCACCAACUCGCUGAGCGCUGCCACCACGCCUACCGUCGGUAAAGAGCUUGCAGUGUCUGUGUCAGAAGAUGACGCUUUUGUAGACAAACUACCCAGCUUUGAGAGACGGGCAGACUUGCCAGCAGAGACAGACCAGCCCUCCCUCGUAUGGUUUGACAGAGGCAAGUUUUAUUUAACAUUUGAAGGCUGUUCUCGAGGGCCGAGUCCCCUCACCAUGGGGGCCCAGGACACACUACCUGUGGCUGCAGCUUUCACAGAGACAGUCAGUGCCUACUUCAAAGGAGCUGACCCUAAUAAGUGUGUGGUGAAGAUCACUGGAGAGAUGGUGUUAUCCUUCCCUGCAGGGAUCACACGGCAUUUUUCAAAUAACCCCUCGCCCGCUGUGCUAACCUUCAACAUAACCAACUACAGUCGUCUGGAACACGUCCUGCCUAACCCUCAGUUACUGUGCUGUGACACCACACCGUCCAAUCCAGACUCAAAGGAGUUCUGGGUGAAUAUGCCAAACCUGAUGACCCAUUUAAAGAAGGUGGCAGAGCAGAAACCACAGGCAACAUACUACAAUGUAGACAUGCUGAAAUAUCAGGUACUACAGAAGGGUCUACAGUCCACUCCUCUAAAUCUGGCAGUGAGCUGGAGGUGUGAGCCCACCAGUACCGAUCUGAGAAUAGACUACAAAUACAAUGGAGGGGCCAUGACUACUCCUGUCGCCCUCAACAAUGUUCAGUUCCUCAUCCCAGUGGAUGGAGGGGUCAACAAACUGCAGGCUGUGCUUCCCCCAGCUGCCUGGAAUGCAGAGCAGCAGAGAAUCUUAUGGAAGAUUCCGGAUAUUUCACAGAAGUCUGAAAAUGGAGGUGUGGGAUCUCUUCUGGCUCGUUUCCAGCUUACAGAGGGUCCCAGUAAACCUGCCCCAGUGGCAGUGCAGUUCACCAGCGAGGGCAGCACUCUGUCUGGCUGUGACAUUGAGCUGGUUGGCCUUGGAUAUCGUUUCUCCCUCAUCAAGAAGAGAUUUGCAGCAGGAAAAUACAUGGGGGAUAUCUAAUCAACAUCUAUGAUCCAUGCAAGUCUGUGUAUUUUGGACCAAUUAAGAAGUAAAACACAGGAGAGAUCGAUACCCUGACCCCUACCUGACCUAAUGGAUAAAACAGGUGGAUUUAAUUCACUCCAGCAGUAUUAUACGAGUUGAAUUAUUAAAAUGUGGACCAUUUUAGGGUGUACUUCUUAUAUUUUUUAACUGUAUUCACUUUAAAACAUCUGUAUUACUGCAGUUAAACAACCUGGGUUUGUCUGUAAGGUUUAGCCUCUAUUUAUGUCCAAUGUGUUGUUGGCCUACUUGAACCUGAAUAUCUCUGUAUACCUCUCUAAAAGUGAUACAAAAAAAUCUAAUGUUUUAUUACUCUAUGCAUUCAGUUGGUCAGAGGUAUCACACUUUCAAAAUGGGUAUCAAAAUAUCUAAAGUUCUAAGUAUGGUAAACUAACUCUAAAUCAUACUGGAGGAGGAAUGAGCCUCUCUGCCACUAGAUGGCGCUAUAUUGUUGCAUGUAGGAUGAGGUCCAUACAGGAUUUGGCAUUGCUAAAGCUUUAUAAGGCUUGAAAAUGUAUUCUCAUUUUAAUGUCAAGUUAAAAUUGUUAAUUGGAAAUCUCUAGAAAUUAUAUUUUGUCUUACUUUUUAGACAGCCACAGCUUUAAGAAUCUUCUCCUGCUUGCAAUAGACACAAACACACACAUUUCCUCAACAAAAAAUGUAUAAUAUAAUAUAAUAUAAUGUGUGUGUGUGUGUGUGUGUGUGUGUGUGUGUGUGUGUGUGUGUGUGUGUGUGUGU